AUGUCCAACUUCAACACCACCUCUGAAGCUGAAACACCUACUUUUUAUUUGGUUGGGUUCCCAGGGAUGGAGUCUGCCAACAUUUGGGUCUCGAUCCCCAUAUGUCUCAUGUACAUUGUUGCUCUUCUGGGGAACUGCACCAUCCUCUUUUUCAUAAAAACUGAGCCUUCUUUGCAUGAGCCCAUGUAUUACUUCCUCUCCAUGCUGGCUCUCUGUGACUUGGGACUAUCCCUCUCUUCUCUGCCUACCAUGCUUAGGAUUUUCUUAUUCAGUGCUUCAGAGAUUUCUCCUAAUGCUUGCUUUGCCCAAGAAUUUUUCAUUCAUGAAUUCUCAGCUAUGGAAUCAUCUGUACUUCUUAUCAUGUCCUUUGAUCGCUUUAUUGCCAUCUGCAACCCUCUCCGAUAUACUUCCAUCCUUACCAUUGCCAGAGUUGCUCAAAUUGGGGUUGCUUUUUCUCUCAAGAAUGUUUUGUUGAUUUUACCUUUUCCUUUCACUCUGAAACAUCUGAGAUACUGUAAGAAGAAUUUCCUGUCCCAUUCCUACUGCCUCCAUCAAGAUAUCAUGAAGCUGGCCUGCUCUGACAACAAGGUCAAUGUCAUCUAUGGCUUAUUUGUGGCUCUCACAGGUAUCCUAGACAUAACCUUUAUUUUCAUGUCCUAUGUGAUGAUACUGAAAGCAGUGCUGAGCAUAGCAUCACAGAAGGAAAGGCUCAAGGUCCUCAACACCUGUGUCUCCCACAUCUGCGCUGUGCUUAUUUUCUAUGUGCCUGUGAUCUCCCUUGCUAUCAUCCACCGGUUUGCCAAACACAGUUCUGUACUAAUAAGGAUCCUUAUGGCUGAUGUUUUCCUGCUGGUGCCUCCACUUAUGAACCCCAUUGUAUACUGUGUGAAGAGUCAGCAGAUAAGAAACCUGGUCUUAGAGAAACUGUGUCAUAAGCAGAGUUGA